UCCAGAAUGCGGUCGUAUGGUCAGUGUCUCUCCCGCGGCAUACUAAGUUAGACUUAAUAUACUUAAAUUAUUUAUUGUCAAAAUAAUGCGUGGGUUAAAGAUCUUAGAAAAAUAAACAACAUGAUAAUAAAAUAUAGAUAAUAAAAUCGAGAAAAUAGACUGUAGAUCUAUUGGAAUUAAAGUCAUAUUAUAAUUCGUACAGUGUUAUUUAUAUUAAAGAAAAAUGGUUUUUGACUUUACACGAAGACAGUGGCUUACUAUAAUCGUUAUAUCGAUAGCAGACUUCUGCAAUGCCAUCUGUGUAGCGUUGCAGGCACCGUUUUAUCCUUUAGAGGCGGAGAAGAAGGGUUGUACGGCAACAGAAUAUGGUUUGGUGUUUGGUAUAUUCGAAUUAGUUGUAUUUAUAGUCAGUCCCAUUUAUGGGGCUCACCUGAACAAAUUUGGGCCCAAAGUGCUCUUCAAUGGAGGCAUACUCACUACUGGAACCUGUGCCAUACUCUUUGGGCUUCUAGAUAAAAUUGAGGGUCACAUACCGUUCAUAACCUUCAGCUUCAUAAUACGUAUCGUUGAGGCCAUGGGCAACGCUGCUUUUUUGACAGCAUCCUUCGCCAUCAUCGCUAAGGAGUUUCCAAAUAAUACCGCCAGCAUGUUUGCCUCAUUAGAAACAUUCUUCGGCCUCGGCCUUAUAGUAGGUCCUAUGCUAGGUGGGACGCUGUACAGUUUGGGUGGUUACACGUUACCAUUUGCUGUGCUCGGUUCAGCUUUAUUCUGUGCCGCCGUAAUGAGCUGCGUUGUGCUGCCGAAGACCCAUGACGAUGAAGAUGUAAAACCCACUGGCCCGACGAUGCUGGCCCUACUGCGGAUCCCUGGCGUGUUGUUAGCAGCAAUAAGCAUCAUGAGCACAAGUUUGAGCAUCAGUUUCCUGCAGGCGACGCUAGAACCACAUUUACGUCAGUUCCAAUUCUCCCCUGUUGUGCUGGGCCUGAUGUUCGUGAUUAAUGGCGGUGUGUACGCCGCGUCCGCGCCGGCGUGGGGCUGGCUGUGCGACCGGCCGUACGUGAAGCAGAAGCACGUUACCGUCGUCGGAUGCUUGUUCGUGUCGGCGGGGUUCCUACUUAUUGGACCGGCGCCUUUCCUCCACUUACCAACUGUAACAUGGGUGAUAGUAGUCGGCUUGGUACUACACGGGUUCGGUAUGGGUUGCCAGCUGGUGGCGUCUUUCUCGGACGCGCUCAGUACUGCCAUUGCCAGAGGAUUACCGAACUCUAUCGAAACCUACGGCCUCGUAUCAGCUAUGUGGACUUCCACAUUCGCUCUUGGCGCAUUCAUCGGACCCACCGUCUCAGGAGUGCUGUUCGACUCUAUUGGCUUCCAAAACUCAACAAUCUUCAUAUUUUUUUUGCAUCUACUAGUGAUGCUAAUCGUACUGUCAUUCCUGUGGACAUGUGAGCGUUCUUCGAAGAUAGACGUGUCAGCUUCGGCCGGUGAUCUUCUGCAGCUCGACGGUACACUGGACGAGAGUGUGCUUAUUGGAGAGAAAUAUAUGCCGCCACCGAGGGUUAAAAGUCGCGGCUAUGGUAUCAGCGUGGAGAAGUCUCGUCCUCCGGCCAUGAACAGCCUCAUAGCGUGUUCCAGCUUCAAGAACCGGCGCAGUCCUUGGAGCCAGCGGACUCCUCGCUACAGGCCCACGUACGGAAGUCUCGACAAUAGAUUCAGAGGAAUCUAUGGCACAUAAAUAUUGAACAUAGUCUUUAAUUUUAGUUUAUUAUCUGUUAAUAAACUAAGUAAUAAUAUGCAGACAAUAAUAUCGUUUAUCUGUAUAAAGUUACUAUAAAAUAUAUUUUUAUAAAUAUAGAUUUAAAAUAUAGAAUUAAAUGUAUUAUAACAUUA